UUGUUGGAAUUUUGCAUAAAGCAUUUGGAAAUUAUUAUACUAAAUAAUAAAUUGCCCCUCUCUGUUUACUGUUUAGCACUUAAGUCUUUACAUAUAAAUUAAAAAAAUGCAACGCCAGUGUUCACGCUUCUUUGUCGUUUGAUUUGAUUUUAAGUUUUAACAGAAUUUAUGUUAAAUUACAUUGUAAAUAUGAGUUUGCUCGUUUGGUCCAUUCUCAUUAGUUUUAGUAACGUGUUAUUGUUCAAAUACAUUCCAAAGAUAGUUUCCAUGUUGUUGGAUAACAAUUCAAAUAACUGUCAGUUGACGGCAGCUAUUUCAUCAUUACAAAAAGAACAAGACGAAAUUUCCAUAGUUCGUGAAUUCGCCAAACACGCGAAAUUACAACGAAAAAUCAAUAAACUCACGGAAGAGUUGAAAAGCCAAGUGAGAAACAAUAUGACUAAAAAAUUCAAGAUGAAGUUUAUUUGCAACAUAUUGUUGUACGUCCUAUCCGGCGUUUCUAACGUUUUGUUCGUGAGCUACAACUAUAGACGAGCCGUGGUGAGCGAGUUGCCAGAUUGGUUUUCACCGGUGUCGUGGUUGAUACAAUGGCCUCUGACCGAAGCGGGAACGAUGAGCUUCUUUUUCUGGUUCGGCGUGACCAACUGCGUGGCCAGACUCGCCACGAACAGUGUACUGUUAUGAGUACGUGCACAACUUGACAAAAGCAACAACAAUAGGGUGGUGACGGCAUCGGUAUCCGUCUGGGGGAAAAAAAACAUGUUAUAUUGCCAAGAAAUUUGUCGAUAGUUUUGAUAUCACGUUUGAGCAUGUAAUUGAAAAUCACCGGGAAUAGUUUCUCGUGUUGAAACAAAAUGUUGUAAAUAAUGUUUUCGAAUCGUAUUUUAUCUGUCGCAAAAAAAAACUACACUAAAAUAUACUCCGAAAGUAUUAACGCGACUUUUUGACGAUUCGAAAACUUUGAUUAAACUUUUUUUUCUGCAUGUUCAAUUUUGUAAAUUUUGUAAAUAGUAAUUUAAAUUUUGUUGUUUAGUACAAAAUAUUUUGUAUAUUACUAAGUUGUUAACACGUCCGUUGGCGCAAAAAAAAAACCUCAUAAAAGUUUUUUAUUUUUCACAUUUUAUUCCACAAUGAAGAGAUAGCAUUUAUAGAUCAUUUUCAUCAAUCUUAGGUGAUUUUUUUCCUCAAAGUAUACCGAAACUUUAGAAUCGUUAACUUGGUGAUGUUUUUUUUUGUGUCGACGACGAUUGUAUAACGUCGUUGGCUAUACCGAUCUGAAGUGAACACUGCUUUCGAUUAUUGUAACUAUAAUAGUAUAUUAUUAACUGUUUUCUUUUUUUUUUUUUAUAAUAAAUCAAUUGGUUAUUAUUGUUGUUGUCUAUAAUAUUGUUGUUACGCAUUGUUUUCAUGUAUAAUCAUAGUACGCAUUAUACGAAUGUCAGUCUAUUUAAUGUUCUGUUACGUCUUAAGCGAACCAGCUACUAAAUAAAUUUUAACAUAAGCAAGUUUA